AUGCUAAGGCGACCGGGCGAAAACGAUGAUCCUCUUCUCACGAAGCGGUUAUGGUCCAAGACGGAGUCGCGAAUAUGGACGGUGACGUUAUUUUCCGGUACCAGUGUCCUGUACGCUUCUAGAGUAGCACUUCCAAUAUGUGCGGCGGCCAUCGCCAAAGAAUACGAGUGGAACAAAACUGACUCGGGUACUGUAUUGUCGUGCUUCUUUUGGGGUUAUGCGUUGACCCAAUUGAUUGCCGGCGGCUUUGCGGACACUUUCGGCGGCGAGAAUAUACUGCCAACCUCAAGUAUUGUAUGGAUCAUUCUGACUUUUUUCACUCCACAACUUUUUGAUUUCGCUUAUUGGAGCGGUUUACCACUUAUCGUGUUGUUAUUGACGAGAAUCCUCACUGGAAUUGGACAAGCGUUUCAUAUCCCCUCAAUGGCGUCAAUGGUUUCCAGGCAUCUGACAGCAGCCGAUAAGGGACGAGUUUUUGGUAUCAUUCUUGCUGGAUCUCAUUGCGGAACCGUUUUAGCUGGCUCCAUUGGUUCUUUGCUAGUGGAAAAUUAUGGUUGGAGAGCUUUAUUUCAGUUUGUAGGUGUUUUGUCGUUACUAUGGUAUUGGUGUCUUCAUUUAGCCCUAUCACGAUACGCUUAUCGACAAUUAAGCCCAUCAAUAUCAGAGAAUGAUUUGGAUAAGAAAGAUCGAACGGAUCAAAAUGGACAUAUCUCAAUCUCUGGGAUUAGUAUAGUAUCAUCAGCUGUCCCUUGGAGAACACUGUUUCGACAUCCAGGAUUUUGGGCAGCCGCAGUUGCACAAUAUACGGGUGGAAAUGCUUAUUUCACAAUGUUUAAUUGGUUACCAAGUUAUUUCCAUGAAACAUUUCCAGAAGCACAAGGCAUUGUUUAUAAUGUUGUUCCUAAUUUAACGAUUGUUUUCACGUCAAUGGUUUCACCUUUUUUGGCAACACGAUUGCUGAAUUCUGGUCGAUCGAUGACAUUAACGAGGAAAAUUAUGGAAGGCAUUUCACUCUUGGGGAUCGCGUUUUGUUUAUUCAUUGUUCCUGGUACCUCAUCAUUUGUUCCUGCUCUCCUGGUGUUUUCUUUUGCUAUGGCAUGUCGUGGACUUCAUCAUGGUGGAGUUUCUGUGAAUCCGCACGAUUUUGCUCCACAUCACACAGGAGCCGUUUUUGGGAUUUUCAACGCAUGUGGUGCGAUCACAGGCUUCAUCGGGGUGUAUGUGGCUGGUCACAUCCUAGACGCGACGGAUAACAAUUGGUCCUAUGUGUUUAUCAUAACCGGAAUACAGUGCAUUUUUGGAGCAAUUGUUUACGGGCGUUACGGUACGGGAACGAAAAUAAUAUAG